AUGAGAAAAUGUGGAGCAAUCUUUUUUGUAGUUACAGCUGUGAUUACUCUUCAAACAAUCAUUCUGGUUUUAAACAACUUGGGAACUCGUUUUAGUAAUUCCCUCCCCAGGGAAAAACCAAGCAAAGUCCACCUUUUGAUUCUUUCCACCUGGAGGGCAGGCUCAUCUCUUGUCGGCCAGAUCUUCAACCAGAACCCUGAUGUCUUCUACUUGAAGGAGCCAGCCUGGCAUGUUUGGAAUACCAUGCCACACAACAAUGCACAUGUUCUCCACAUGGCGGUGAGGGAUUUGAUUCGGUCAGUCUUCAAAUGUGACAUGUCUGUGCUAGAUGUAUACAUGCAAAACAGAAGCUAUGUAUCAAACUUGUUUCAGUGGUCCUCCAGCAGGGCCCUCUGCUUACCUCCGGCAUGCAACACUUUUUCUCGUAAAAAGAUUGUAACUGACUACAACUGUAAGAAAUAUUGUGCUAAAAGUCCAUUUAGUAAAGUGGAACAGUCCUGUAAUGCCUAUAGCCAUAUUGUUCUCCAGGAGGUUCGAAUUUUUGACCUCAAAGUCCUCUAUCCUCUUCUGAAAGACCCUUCGUUAAACCUCAAGAUUCUUCACCUAGUCCGUGACCCUCGAGCUGUUGCGAAGUCCCGCAUACAAACCUUUAGGGCGCUAGCUGUUGACAACGGCAUUGUCCUCAACAGAAAUGGAACAAAAAUAAACGAUACCAAAUUUCUUGCAUUACAUGAAAUCUGCCAAAGUCAUGCUAAUAUGUACAAAAUGGCUACUGACGACCCCCCUCUAUUUCUCAAUGGAAGAUAUAUGAUGGUUAGAUAUGAGGACUUGGUACAAGAUCCUUUAGGAAAAGUGCAAGAGAUAUAUAAGUUUGCAAACUUAGAAAUGACUGAAAAGUUAAGUGAAUGGAUUUGUAAUGUUACACAUGGUCAAGGACUACCUACACGAAAGGAAGCCUUUAAGAUCACCUCAAGGAAUGCAUUAAAUGUCUCCCAAGCUUGGAGGACCAUGCUACCAUUUCAGAUCGUCACAAAAAUACAGGAUAUAUGCAAGGAUGCCAUGAAUACAUUUCAGUAUCAGUUUAUGAAAUCUGAGACACAGCAAAGGGAUUUGUCAGAGGAUUUUGUAUUGCCAAGGACAAAGCAUUAG